AUGGAACACGACUUGGUGGGCGAGCCGUUUGCAGUGAUUGAGUCGGACCCAUCGGUUUUCACCUCUCUGGCACGACGCUUGGGAAUUACCGGUGCUGAGUUUGUGGAACUCUACGACAUCGAGCCAUGGGCGGUGGACCACCUCAAUCCUCUUGGCCUCGUGUUUUGCUUCCUCUGGCGGAAAGAUGCCCAUCGACUGGCAGACUUCGAUGACCCAGCAGCAGAGAGAGUAUGGUUUGCCAAUCAGCUCAGUGACGACGCAUGUGCGUCUCAGGCACUGUUGAACAUCGCUCUCAACUGUCCGGCCUUGAAGAUCGGGGGAGAGCUGGCUAUGUUCAAGCAGGACACGGAGCGUAUGUCGCCUGUGAUGAAGGGACUUGCGAUUUCUGGCUCUCCAUUCAUCCGCACGGCCCAUCGAGCCCUUGCCCGCCCCUCUGAUCUUCGAGGCUCCCUCCAUUCCGCAGCUACCACCACUCUUGACGCCGCCAAAAACAAGACAAAACCGGUAUCCAAGCGCGCCACCGCAACAGCCUCAAAAAAGCCAAAGAAGGAAACUAAACCUGCAGCCGAAGAACAAGAGGAAGUCUAUCACUUCAUUGGCUAUGUCCCAGCUCAAGGCAAAGUCUGGGAGCUAGAUGGGCUUAAGUCGGGACCGUUGGAAGUUGGCGAGCUGCCGGAUGACGACGCCUCAGAGCAGGAAAAGAAGACGUGGAUGGAUGUCGUUCGACCGGCAUUGCGCAUGAAGAUGCAGAAAUAUGGAGGUGCUGCUGGCGGAAGCAACAUUCGAUUUUGUCUUCUGGCCCUCGUCGAAGGCAACUUUGAAAAAGCGAGCGAUGCUUUGGAGUAUCUGAAACGGGAAAAGAUCUCUCUCGAACGAAAGAUGCCGGAGAGCUGGGAGUCUUUGGUCGAUCCCAACCGCUUGGAACAGUCAAAAUAUGCGUUCGUCUCUCCUAUUGGCUCCGCAGCACCAGGGCCAACCUAUGCUGCGGACUUCGGGGCGCGUCGCAUGGAGCGCGACAUGGAACUCCUCCGCAUCCAGUCCCCGCAAGAGCUGAUUGAAUCCUGGGAACGCUGUGUCCAGAGUGCUGUGAAAGCAAAAGUUGCACUAGAAGACGAGGUUGCCAAAUCAUAUCGAGCCAACACCGAGCAUGUUAAACGCACACACGACUAUGAGCCUUUCAUCAAGGAAUACAUUGCAGCCUUACACAACGAGGGCAUUUUGGAGGCUCUGCUCAGCGUAAAUAGCUCGAAGAAUAAAAAGCACAAAAAGGACAAUUAG